AGCUUCCUUGUUUUUCAAACCAAUGAAUUUGCUUUAGAAUAUUUUUGGCGGCAGGUAGUAAAAGGUGGUAAAAUUCAUAGGAAUAAAAGAUGUUUCUUGUAAUCCUCUUUGGAACCAUACUUUUCUUCUGCGUGAAUGGUAUUCAAUUGCAAUGUUCUACAGAAAGAAAAUGCACGUGCAUAUACCGCAGCACUUUCAUCUUUGCCAAUUGCAGCGGACAACGUUUGACAAAAACUCCGAAUUUUACAAAUGACGUCACACAAAUCGAUUUUGGAUGGAACAAGAUUAAAGAUUUUCCCAUGCAUUUGCCAGAAAAUUUGACACAUCUAAUUUUAACUGGAAAUAUCCGUUUGCAAAAAAUCGAAGCAAAUGCGCUUCAAAGAUAUCAAAAGCUUCGGCACGUCGUCAUAUCGUAUUGUAAUCUUCAAUAUAUUGAAUCGGGAGCAUUUUCAAACAAAAGUGAACUAGAACAUCUAGAUAUCUCAAAUAACCCGGAACUUACCCUAUCCGUUCUUAUAAAUGUGACGUAUGACAUACAAAAUUCUAAUAUCAGAACUCUACUUCUUGACAGACUACACUGUUUAUAUGGCAUAACCAAUGUUUUUCGAACCGAGUAUAUCAUCUAUCUUUCAAACACCUCUUUAGAAACAGUAUCCAUUGCCUCCAAUAGAAUAGCCUUUUUUCAACCUACAGUGCUGUUGAUGUUGCCCAAAACGUUGCAAGCAUUAAAUAUUGGAGACAACAAUUUGAGCUUCGGAAAAUACCUUUUUCUUUUGAGUAGUCUUAGGAUGUUGAAAAUACUCAAUGUUACAUUUGAAAACAAGUUUCAUCCUCAAAGAAACAUAGCUUAUUAUUGCAAAGACACGAGAAAUACUUAUUUUUCUCCUGUGGCUGCCUCAAGUACGAACCGUUUACAUACCCAUGUUUCAGUAAUGGAAACAAGAAUAAAUAAACAAACUGCAGCUAUCGGCGACCAAAAUACAUCUUUAAGGGAGUCUAUAACCAUUUACCUACCCCCAAACUUGGAAAAACUCUACUUUCAUGAUAACAUGUAUAAAAUGGAAAUUAAUUCGUACCAUUUUAACACUACGAACCGAAAACUGACACAUUUAUUUUUUCAGAACAAUAUUUUCUACUCAUUACAAGGGCGAGUGCGCGGUUUCCAAAGCGCCCGUUAUCUGGAUUUUUCAAAUAAUCUUUGUGUUGAAAUAUCACACAAAUUUUUCGACGAUUUCGAUGGACUUCUUCAUUUGAAUCUCUCACGAAACGUGCUAGGAAACUGUUUUGAAAGUGAUGUAAACGGAGAAAUAUUUCGAGGGCUUGGUAGCAUGGAGGUGCUUGAUUUGUCCAAAAACCAAAUAAGAAAUCUUCCACGACUAAUGUUUCAACAUAUGAUUAAUUUAUCCACACUUUUUCUCCAUUACAAUUCUUUGAAAACAUUUGAUAUUGUUAUAUCACAUAUGCGAAAACUUUCAUUGAUUGAUUUAUCAAAUAAUCAAAUAACAUCUUUAGAUCCUCCAAUUUUAGCAUCAGUAGAAAGUUUGAUUCGGGGUUACGGACAGCUCAAAAUAAAUUUACUUCAAAAUCCACUUCAAUGCGGAUGUCUUGACUUGGACUUUCUACAACGGGUUUUACGUUACAAAGAUCACUUUCUAUUCUUAUCAAUGUACAACUGUACUUCAGCAAACUCGACUUUGCUUCAUUUUCGAGACUUAAGUAACAUAGCUACAUAUCUGGAAACCUAUUGUGCAACAUAUCUAUCUCUGAUAGUUGUACUGUCAUUGAUAUUGUUGGUUUUCAUGAGUAUCACCAUUGGUUCAAUACUAAACCGUUAUAGAUGGAGAUUAAGGUACCUAUACUAUCUUGCAAAAAGACGAUAUACAGAAGUUCAGCAUAUGCAAAAUGCGAAUGAUGAUAUAACCUAUCGCUUCGAUGCAUUUAUUUCGUAUGCCGAAGAAGACAGAGAAUUUAUAAUGAACAAACUUAAUUUUCUUGAAAAAGAAAAUGGCCUGAGAAUUUGCAUUCACUGCCGAGACUUCAUCCCUGGAACUGACAUUGCAGACAACAUAACCAACGCUAUUCACACCAGCAGACGGACGGUGUGUGUCUUGACGCCAUAUUUUGUUGAUUCGUAUUGGUGUAUGUAUGAACUUAAUAUGGCAAGAAUGGAAACCAUAUAUUCAAGAAAAGGACAAAACAUUUUGUGUUUGAUAAUAUUGGAGAAGGAUGUUUUUAGAAAAGUUUAUUUAAAAUUCUAGAUUUAUUAGAAAAUCAAUCAUAUCUAGAGUAUCCUAACAAAAAUAAUGACAAUUUUGCAUUCUGGGAUCAGCUUUGUGAGACUUUAAAAUCAAUUCCACAGUAGUCAUUUAUAAAGUUUUUAGAAAUAUAUACACAGGCAAGAUGGCACAU